GGAGAAGGGAGGGCGGCCCACUUCCUUUCCUGCCACAUUCCACUCUGCUUCCCAGACAUUUCUCUCCAAAAAGGUCCGUCGGCCCCGCUGCUCUCCAGCCACCCCGCCUUCAUGCCUCGGCUGCCCGUCCAGCCUGCCUUCCGCAGAGGGACCCUUCGGAGCAGCUGCGAGGGAGCUUCGGGGGUGCCCGGCAGGGAGCAAACAUGAGGGCGGGCGAGGAGAGCUGCAACGGAAUGCCAGAGUGUCUGGGAAGGGCUCUCCACGUACAAGUUGCCAUUUCUGAGCACUUCUGUCCAGGAGACUGCGCCCAGGUUAUGACGGCUAAUCCCAAACCGAACAAAGCAUUAAAGGUUAAGGAGGAGUCGGGAGAGAACGGCCCGGUGCUGAGUGACGAUGAACUCGUGUCGAUGUCAGUGCGGGAGCUGAACCAGCACCUGAGGGGCCUCACAAAAGAGGAGGUGAUCCGCCUGAAGCAGCGCCGGCGCACGCUCAAGAACCGGGGCUACGCCGCCAGCUGCCGAAUCAAGCGGGUGACCCAGAAGGAAGAGCUGGAGAGGCAGCGGGUCGAGCUGCAGCAGGAAGUGGAGAAGCUGGCGCGAGAGAAUAGCAGCAUGAAGGUCGAGCUGGACGCCCUCCGCUCCAAGUACGAGGCGCUGCAGACCUUUGCCCGCACGGUUGCCAGGGGCCCCAUCACCUCAGCCAAAGUCGCCACCACCAGCGUCAUCACUAUUGUGAAAUCGGCAGAAAUCUCAUCCAGCUCGGUGCCAUUUUCGGCAGCUUCUUAAUGUUCGGGGUGGGCGAAUUAGCCGCCUUUCGGGGACGGGAGGUUGGGAUGCUGUUCGCCGCUGAAGAGCCUACCUUCUUCGAGGAUUGGUGUCCUGGAAUCCAGCUUUUCCAAAACCACAGAGUGGAAUAUCUGCAAAGGGAAAAAGAAAACGAACCGGCUGCUCUCCUGUGGACGUAAAAGUCUGUGAACCCUUUGUGGCCAAGAUUGGAAUUCCCGUUUUUUUGCUAUCAGGAGGUCUUGCUCAACUCUUCCAUGCGAGUUAUUCAGGUCCCUGGGUGGCUCCCCAACUGGGAGGUGAACCUAGAGCAUCCUGUAGAGCAUUGUUGAAUGAAACUAAACCACCAAGAAAUGGAUGUCCUGGCAGACUCACCGGACAACAUCAAUGAACGAAAACGGCAUCUGCCUCCCUUGGGAAAAUAUAACAAUCAGUUCGUCCCAUAGCAGUCACCUUUAUUUCCAUCUCUGAGUGAGGAUGCUCAGCUCUGGAGCAGCUCACGCUGCAGAGUUUAUCAGAGUGUCGUAGGAUAGGCCUGGCUUUGUCUGUCAAAUUACAGAAACCCUUCACGGGUUAAUGUCUACCCUGGUUCCCAAGUGCUGUUAUGUAUUCUUGUGCGGUCUAGCAACAAUGGGAGGGCAUCUCUAACGCAGAGCCUGCCGUCUGCUCCUUCCCCGUUAACGUGCCUGUGAAGUGGUGUCUUUUAUGUGUCUUAACUGCUUCCAAAACAAUACCUGCUCCCCCUAAGAACAGAUUUUUUUAGGAAAAAAAAUCUCUGCAGUGCUGCAAAGAAGAGGAAAUGGGAAGCGCCCAAGAAGAGUAGGAUGUGGGGUGAGGGCGGGUGUGUUGAGCCAAGAUCGAUAUUCGAGAAAAGGGAACCGUUACGUGGGAAAUCAGCAUGGUAGGAAGAUGAGUUUGGACACAGCAUGUGUUAAGGGCUGUGGGAAGUUUAGAUGUGAAAGAAGCUGGAAAGUAGUAAGGAUGCCGCAGAAAAAAUGUGUCUGACGCAUUGCUAGGACUUUGCAAGAUCACCUUAUGGUGCUCUUUAACUGCGAGAGAUGAUUCACGGUGAAAAGUGGUAAAAACAGAAAACAACCCUUUUCAACCAGUUGGCCUCAGAGUAGCAGAGAUCAGGGAAAAUGGCUGAGGAAGGUCCCCUCUUAAAAACUUAAGGUGUGUGAAAACAUCUCAAGAACGUGCAGUCCGUGGUUCAAGCAACAUUUCUCAAAUAGUUGCAAAGUCCGAGUGUCAGAGGUGGGUCGUGAUUCUGCGACAGAGACAGGAAUAACAGGAGAUGUCUCAGUGUCAGAGGACAGAGCAGUCGGUGGGAAGCAGAGUUGAAAACGGCUAUGUUUUGAGUCAGCCCGGGCUGAGUUAAAUUGUUAACAUUAUAAUCCUGUGCAGAGUGACACUUUUCUACCCCCAUUGUCUUCAAUGGACUAAGAGGGGUCUAACUUUGCUUAGGAUUGCAGUGUCUGAGGGUCUUUAAUGUGAAGAAAGCUGAGUUUUGUGCACUUAGAGAAAGGAGAGACACGGCCGAGGGCCAAAGCUAGUUUGUGGAUGAAUUUUCAUGUCAAGGGCAGGAUAGCGGGUUAAACAGGAUGGCCAAUGGGGGUUUAAGAUUAAAUGGAACUGCAAGUCGAUUUGUGUUAUGUCUGAAAGACAAAUCAUCUGUUGCUUUGGGGGUAUUUGGGGGUAUUUUCAAAUCCCAAGGGAUUCUCCCUGAGGACCCCCGAUUUGGCGAGCCCUAAAACAGAUGAGAAGAUUCCCCGCACAGUUGUACCUGUUGCUGUGCUUCAUAAUGGAAGCGGGGGGCGAGAAUGUUUGAAUGUUCCCUCCACAUGGUGUGGACUUGCACAUGGGGGUGGGGGGAAGGGUACCUUGUAACUUUUCCCCAGCCUGCUGCUUUGAUGUAGGGCAAUGGAGAUAGUUUUAUUUUCAACUCCCGGGUGCAUUCAGACAUUUGAUUCCUCAUCUGCAGUAUGCACAGCACAGCCCAAUAACAAAUACAGCCAACCGGGCUUCUGUUUUUGCCCGUUUUCAUGCUCUUGUUUCACAAGCUAUCCAACCCUUAUAUGUGUGUAAUGCCAACUUGAGUCUUGAACUUGAACAGAAGAUGCCACUGUCGAUACCUGACCGGCAGCAGUUUAGAGCCCCAUACGUGCUCCCGGGUAACUUCCUCCUUCCCUCUGCCCAGUUGGGUCACAGGCUGCUAAGGAAGUCAGUUGGGAGUGGUACACGUUGUCUAAAACUCUGUUUGAUGCUCCAUCUCAGAUUAUUACUGAGGGGGAUAAGUGGAAGCCCAGGACCUGCUAUAUCGGAGUUAGUAACACGGAUGGGGUAGCACAGGUGAAAGUUGUGUGUGUGUCUCGGAGAGUUCCUUUACCACCAUUAGUACGAGUACCCCAUCCUGUCAUAGAAAUACCAUUCCACGUGUUCCGGUAGUGUCGGUUACUGCUGGCAAACCGUUGUCAACAUCAGAUCAUGCAUUAAUUCCCAGGAAGAGUUAACAGCACUUGCGGAAUACCCCAAACGUCAUCGAGACGCGUGCGUGCCAAACAUGGCCAACGUUUUAGGAUUACCUCAUUUUCUCUCCAGCCUUUGUGUAACCCUCUAGAAGGCAAGUUGAUUUCUUGCAUCCCCGCCCCCCGCGCCAUUUUUGACUCCCUCGGCAAAUGUUGAGGAAGAAAAAAAAGAUAUUGUCUAUACAUAUGUGUGUGUUACUGCUAUUUCAUCUUUAAUGUAUUUUGGAAAAUUCCCAGAUCUCUGUGAUUUUCUUUGAAGUGGAGGGAGAGGGGGAAGGGGAUUCGAUUCCUUGCACUGUUGCAAACUUUGAAAGACAGACAGAUAUGGCCACUGGGGAUGCUUGAAUGCUUCCAUUUUCUUCUCCCCCCC